AGAGAGAGAGAGAGAGAGAGAGAUCAUGGGAAAGAAGAAGGGAAUUAAACGCAUAGCCAAACUAGAUUCUUGCUUCACUAGAGGACACCACACCAUUCUUAACACGACGACUAACCUUGCCCAUUUCUGUUGAAAAUAAUCAGAAUAUACGUCCGCAGAGGCACAGAGAGAGAGAGAGAGAGAGAGAGAGAGAGAGAGAUCAUGGGAAAGAAGGGAAUUAAACGCAUAGCCAAACUAGAUUCUCGCUUCACUAGAGGACACCACACCAUUCUUAACACGACGACUAACCUUGCCCAUUUCUGUUGAAAAUAAUCAGAAUAUACGUCCACAGAGAGAGAGAGAGAGAGAGAGAGAGAGAGAGAGAGAGAUCAUGGGAAAGAAGAAGGGAGAGGAGGAGGACAGGAUAGCGGGAGGGGUGGUGGUAGUGAAUCCUAAGCCCAUCAAAGGAUUCUCUUCCAAAGCCAUCGAUUGGUUGGAGAAGAUAAUAGUCAAGCUUGGCUACGAUUCUUCGCGUCCUCACCCCUACCUCUCUGGUAACUUUGCUCCGGUCGUGGACGAGACGCCUCCUUCCAAGGACCUCCCCGUCAAAGGCCACCUUCCGAAUUGCCUGAACGGUGAAUUUGUAAGAGUUGGUUCUAAUCCAAAGUUUGCUCCUGUGGCUGGAUAUCACUGGUUUGAUGGAGAUGGCAUGAUUCAUGGUUUGCGCAUCAAGGAUGGAAAAGCAACAUAUGUCUCUCGUUAUGUAAGGACAUCUCGUCUUAAACAAGAAGAGUUUUUUGGAGGAGCCAAAUUUAUGAAGAUUGGAGACCUCAAGGGGCUCUUUGGAUUGCUCAUGGUAAACAUGCAAAUGCUGAGAGGAAAGCUGAAAGUAUUGGAUGUUUCGUAUGGAACUGGAACUGCUAAUACAGCUCUUGUGUAUCAUCACGGAAAGCUCUUGGCCCUUUCAGAGGCAGAUAAACCAUAUGUCCUUAAAGUGCUGGAAGACGGAGACCUGCAAACCAUUGGCCUUCUGGAUUAUGACAAGAGAUUGUCGCAUCCCUUCACUGCUCAUCCCAAACUUGACCCAUUCACUGGCGAGAUGUUUACGUUUGGCUAUUCUACCACACCGCCAUACAUAAUCUACAGAGUUAUUUCAAAGGAUGGUUUCAUGCAUGAUCCUGUGCCAAUAACAUUACCAGAACCCAUCAUGAUGCAUGACUUUGCCAUUACUGAAAAUUAUGCAAUUUUCAUGGAUCUUCCUUUGUACUUUAGACCAAAGGAAAUGGUCAAGGAAAACACACUGAUCUUUACAUUUGAUGCGACUAAAAAAGCUCAUUUUGGUGUCCUUCCACGAUAUGCAAAGGAUGAGCUCUUAAUCAAAUGGUUCGAGCUUCCUAAUUGUUUUAUAUUUCACAAUGCCAAUGCAUGGGAGGAAGGUGAUGAAGUAAUUUUGAUCACAUGUCGUCUUGAGAAUCCAGGUCUGGACAUGGCUAAUGGGACUGUCAAAGAAAAGCUUGAGAAUAUUGCAGAUGAACUAUAUGAGAUGAGAUUUAACAUGAAAACUGGUAUGGCAUCGCAGAAGAAACUUUCAGCACCUGCUGUUGAUUUUCCAAGGGUGAAUGAGAGCUACACUGGAAGGAAGCAACGAUAUGUAUAUGGAACCAUACUGGAUAGCAAUGCAAAGGUCACGGGAAUUAUCAAAUUUGAUUUGCAAGCUGAGCUGGAGUCUGAGAAAACAAAGCUUGAAGUUGGCGGAAAUGUUCAAGGCCUUUUUGAUCUGGGACCUGGUAGAUUUGGUUCAGAGGCUGUUUUUGUCCCUCGUGAGCCUGGUAUUACUUCUGAAGAAGAUGAUGGCUAUUUGAUAUUCUUUGUUCAUGAUGAGGUGACUGGAAAAUCUGUAGUCAAUGUAAUUGAUGCCAAGACAAUGUCUUCUGAUCCGGUUGCUGUUGUUGAAUUACCCCAGAGAGUUCCAUAUGGAUUCCAUGCCUUUUUUGUUACAGAGGAUCAACUCCAAGCACAAGCAAAGCUCUGAAUCUCAAAAUGUUGUGCAAUUGCAGAUAAUCCAAAUAAAGAUCCUUCAGUCACCUUCAAGCUUAUAUAGACCAAGUAAAGUACUGUUAUACAGUUUUAAUGUCAAGAAAGCAUUUGUAUGAUCAGUGAAAGUGCCUAUGACAGAGCAAGGGAACAAAUAUUGUGGCAAUUUGUUUUCCAUAAAUGUUCAGAUUACAGUUUGUUGUAUUCCUAGUGAAUGCGUAUCCCUUUGUCAAAUUAGAGAAUGUUUGUUUUCUCUUC